GUUCGAGCGUCUUCGUCGGCCCCUGCAGUACAUACUUCACCAUAAUCUCAUUCAUGACUACGUUUUAAUCCCAUCGACUCCAAGCAAUCCAUCGCAUCUCAUCGUCGGGCCGUGGACAAAACGCCCUGAUUCGAAUUCUCAUCCGAUUUUCGUCUUGACCGACCGAUAGUCACAUCCCGCUUCACCCUCUCGCCCAUCAUGCGGGAGGUCAAUUUCAGCAUCCCGAAUGUCAAUAAGGCCUCCGUCAACAUUACGACCACGCUCUACGAUCGGCGUGCUCUCGAUUGUACAUCCACCCUCCCGCUUGUCAACUCACUCAACCAUCUAGCUUACCUCACAACUUCAUCCGCCCGCAUUCGCGAUAUCCUCACCAUCGAUGGCGGUGUUGAACGCCUGGUAUGCAUCCUCAAGGAGGGCCGCACCAAGGACCUGAUGGAUUGUUGGAAGUGGAGCCUCGCUUUUCAAUGUGUUGUUAACAUCGGAGUGAGAGGCUCGGAGACUGUGCGAACCCGAGUGGUCGAGGCCGACAUCGUACCAGUGGUUGCGACCGUGUUAGACAACUAUAUUAAGAUGAUCGAGAAGGCUCGCGCCCGAGCUGAGAACGAGAGUAGUCGGCACUCGUCCAGAAAUCCCCUCAAGGCCAUCCACGGGCCCACCGCCAGUCUUCCCACUCGUCCGCUCUACGUCGACCAGUCUACAAACACCGAACACCGUCCAUCCCGUCGCCAGGCGCCGCCCCCUCACAUCGAAAUCCCUCCUCACUAUCAGGCCAACAAUACAGAUACCAAUGCUAUGGACAUAGCGUCUUCCCCUCGUGCGCCCAUGGCCACUCUUCCAGAGCGACGCAGCCUCGCGAUCGAGGAUAAUCCUCGCCAUGCUCAUAAUGCUCACCGCCACCUUGUGAUGCAGCCUCUGUCCACCGCGGCGGCUAUGGACACUGCCGACGGCUUCGGCUUGCGCCCGGUGCGUGACGCCGAGAGACUUCCUAGCAUGCUUCCAGGCCUACAGAACGGGUUAAUCUCUCAGCCUGACUCCCCUACCACCCCCAGUGGUCCUUCGCAGCUGCGAAGCCAUAUUCACCCGCACGGGCUACGGUCACGUCCCACUCUGUUGCAGCAACAAUCAGUUUCGGGCGAUUCCGACAUUGCCAAUGGUGAGGAAUCCACCGUCGGCUCCACCGUCGGCUCUGGACAUAGUUCCGCGAUGGGUGACGAAGUGGGAAGCGAGAUUACCGACCCGAUGAUCGGCAUGGAGAACCGGAUGGAGAUAGAUGAUGUUGGCGAUAGACAAUCCGUGCUUGGGGAAGUCUCGAAUGCCCAUGAUUUGACCGUCAACGACUCGUCGGAAGGACAAGAAGUCGACACAUUCAAUAUCGCCCAUCGGUCGGCUGUUGAUCGGAGCAUGAUCGAGAAUAAUGAGGCGCAGACGAAUGGCCCCUCGGCGUUAUCACCUACCCAGGCUCCUGAAAAUGCCAACUCCCCUGUUACUGUCCCGACUCCCUAUUCGUCAUACAUCCGCGAUCGUCUCACUCACCAGACUACGACGACGACUAUGCCUCGCGACGAGGAUGUCUUGAUGGCUCUUCAGCUCCUAGCAUAUGUCUCCAAGUAUUGCAGUCUCCGUUCUUACUUUCAAAACACCCACUUUGUCCCCAAGCUUCGGGUCGAUCGUGAGCUGAAGGUUCUCGAUGGCGGGCUGUCUCCCGUCGAACCUCUCGAUGAUGAGGACGAGGAGUACCUGCAGCCGGACGAUGUCAAUAUCUUCCCUCUGGUGGAGCACUUCACCAUCCGUCAUCACUCGAAGGAUAUGCAAUAUUGGGCCUGCGUGGUCAUGAGGAAUCUCUGCCGCAAGGAUGAGGCCCAGGGUGGCAUCCGGCAAUGCGCCUACUGGAAAUGCGGCAAGUGGGAAGAGUAUCAGCGGCAGUUUGCCAAAUGUCGCCGCUGCCGUCGCACCAAGUACUGCAGCAAAGACUGCCAGAAGGCGGCCUGGAUCAGUCAUCGUCAUUGGUGUCACACCAACCCUUGAUCUGAACGGAUGAAACUUGCCUAAUACACAUAAUGCAUAUCGGCUUGCAUAGCGUCGUAUCUGUCAUCUGGUCCCGUUUGUCUUUUCUUCGGUUCGUUUCCCAAGGUUUCACGUCUCCCCCUCGUGCAUGGCAUUCCCGAAUCCGGUGGCGUUCCUCUUCCAGUCUAAAGAUACCUCUGUUUCUUCCUUUCAACAUGUUUCAUUAAAGCCAGGCCCAGUGUCUGGACCUCAGUCAUAUGGAAUUUCUUCAGCGGUUAUGAAAGUCUUCUUAAUUGUGUGAGUGGGUUUUUCUCGUGUUUCUCUUUCUGUUUUCUUUGAAUCAUAUCUGAGCAGCUAGCCCGCUACUGUCUCGAUGCCAGACGAUUUUCAUUUGUGAGUAGCCCUUAUUUUAUUCUAUCUAGCAUUGUGAUCCAUGUCCACUGUUGUUUGCUCUGGAGCGUUUGUCUCGCCCGUUGACGCUCCGUGAUUUUGUUAUUCCUCUCAUCGAUGGUCCUG